AUGCUUGCCUCGGCAACGCAGGCAAAUUCUGAUGCUGGCAAAACUAUUAAAACGUUAACACCGAAUGCCAACAUUGCACGAGAGCAACGUCCCUUAUUGGCCAAUUCCAAAAUAAAAGUUCAUAUCGAAUGUGAGGGUCGUGAUGGCUUAGAUGUAAACAUUGAGUGGCAAUUAUACGAGCGCCAAUGUUGGACGGACAAGCGCAUGCCAUUAGAUAAAAACAUCAUCACCAUUGGCAGAGAUGGCAUUUAUGAAUUGACAUUGAAAAUUGAAGCUGUCAAAAGUUCAGAGCCCGUAGAUUUUUCCGCACAUGUACAACUGGACAUUGUUGGUCCUGAUGGCGGCUAUCUUUCUGCGAUUGAUCAUCCACUCUUGGCGUUCUACGGCAUAAUGUGCGUCGUCUAUGUAAUUUUCGGCAUUAUCUGGCUCUUUGUGUCAUUCAUGCAAUGGCGUGACCUUUUGCGCAUACAAUUCUGGAUUGGCGGCGUAAUAUUGCUUGGCAUGCUGGAGAAAGCUUUCUUCUAUGCACAAUACUAUAGCCUGAAUACCACGGGUGUACCGGUUGAGGGCGCCGAAUUGAUGGCAGAAUUUGUUUCCUGCGCCAAACGCACACUAGCACGCAUGCUUGUCAUCAUAAUGAGUCUGGGUUUCGGUAUUGUCAAACCUCGUUUGGGUCCAAUGCUUCAUCGCGUGGUUGGCGUUGGCGCGCUGUACUUUGUCUUGGCUUGCGUUGAAAGUUACUUGCGUGUGACUAGCACGAAAACCGAUGAACAGUUGGUGGCCGCUAUACCGUUGGCUGUGCUGGACACAGGCAUCUGUUGGUGGAUAUUCACAUCGCUGGUGCAGACCACCAGAACGUUGCGCUUGAGAAGAAAUAUGGUGAAACUCUCAUUGUACAGACACUUCACAAACACACUGAUAUUUUCAGUACUUGCAUCAGUGAUAUUUAUGUUAUAUGCUCUGCAUGUGCGCAAGUCACAGAACUGUACACCAAUUUGGCGUAAUAUUUGGUUCGAUGCCGCUUUCUGGCAUAUACUGUUUUCGGUAUUAUUGUUGGUUAUUAUGAUUUUGUGGCGUCCCACAAAUAAUAAUCAGCGCUAUGCAUUUACACCGUUACUUGAUGCGCCCGACGAUGAGGACGAUGACGAGGAAGAUCAAUUCGUCGCCGAUGCGUAUGGUGAUGCGUAUGGUGUAAAAAUGCGCAGUUCGCAUGCAAAUGGCGGCACUAAAACACCACCAAAUGCACAGCGCGGCACAACGACCGAAGAGGAUGAUCUACGCUGGGUGGAAGAGAAUAUACCCUCAUCAAUGGCCGAUCCCGCGUUGCCGGUUUUAGAUUCGGAUGAAGAAAUCAUAAAUACAAGAUUCGAAGUUUCGAAAAUGCAAUAA